AUGGCUGGACAGGCUGGUUCAACUCCCCAAGAGUUGUUCUGGGAUGUUGUUGAGGAUGAGGAGCGCGGCCUACGGAGCACGAGGAACGAUGUGCUAGAUGUAUUAGAUGACAAACGGUUUGAAGUUACCCAAAAGACUUCGUUUGACGAGUUCCUUCCCAUUGUCAAGGAUGAUCGUCGCACUGCUAACAUUGAUCCCGAUAUGCUGCGUCUAAUCUUUGAACGAAUCCAGGAGAAGUCGGCCAAGAAGCCGGACGAUGAUCGCCACGCUGAGCGUCAGCAAAGGCGGGCAGCAGAGAACUUGAGGUCAUAUAUCAAGCAUCUAGAUCCCCUCUUACCGUUCAAGACACCCGUGGCGUCUGAGGAUGCACGCCGUGCCGUCUUUGACAAGGUUAUCCGAAGACUGCGUGAGAGGGAAGAGGACACUGAACGGGACCGUCACAGACGCCGAGACCGUGGCUCGGUAGAUCGGGAUGCCUACCGAGAAAGAGACCGUUCCCGGGGCGAGAGAUCCCACCGAGGCAGUGGAAGGGCGUCGCGUCGUAGCCGCACUCCCGAGGCAGAUGCGUACGAAGCCGACCGUCGCAAGGCCAUCGCUGAGCGCGAAAGGAACCACCGCAAGGCCACUCUAGCUGAAGGUGUGUCCCGCCGUGAGGAUGAUGCCCACUACGAACGCGACCGCAAGAGCCGCGACGAGGAGCGUGAAAGAGUGUAUCGCCGUCGCACCGAAAGGGGUGGCUCAUACGAUGAGCUUCCAUACGGAGAUGAGCGCCCAUCGACACGCCGUCGCCGUACUGAGGAAGACGAAGAUCGUCGUGAUUCAAAGCCUCCCAAGGCGGACUCGCCAGCUCAACCUUCCAAAGAGGACCCUGGUGUUCACUCUGGCAGCGAGGAAGGCGAGAUUGAAGAGGACUAG